UCCGGGUCACGUCAUUACCCGGGGAAGGUUGGAUAUCCGGGUCAAAGAGCGACAUGGUGCUGCAGAGGUUGAGAAUGUUUGUGCACCAUUCUAGGAGUCUCAUGGCAGGAUGCAGGAAGAUACAUCAGACUUCGAGCUGUAAUCGUCCAUUAAUCCCUAUCGUCAUUGAACAAACAGGUCGCGGGGAGCGAGCUUAUGAUAUCUACUCAAGGCUACUGAGAGAGAGAAUUAUUUGUGUCAUGGGACCGAUAGAUGAUAACGUUGCCAGUUUAGUCAUCGCUCAGCUUCUGUUCCUUCAGUCAGAGAGUAACAAGAAGCCGAUCCACAUGUACAUCAACAGUCCUGGUGGUGUGGUGACAGCGGGCCUGGCCAUUUACGACACCAUGCAGUAUAUCCUGAACCCCAUCUCCACCUGGUGCGUGGGGCAGGCUGCCAGCAUGGGCUCCUUGCUACUGGCUGCAGGCUGCCCAGGAAUGAGGCACUCGCUGCCCAACGCUCGCAUCAUGGUCCACCAGCCCUCGGGAGGGGCAUCUGGCCAGGCCACUGACAUCGCCAUUCAGGCAGAAGAGAUCCUCAAAAUUAAGAGGCAGAUUAAUAAUAUUUAUGCCAAGCACACCAAGCAGCCACUCCCAGUGAUCGAAGGAGCGAUGGAACGGGAUCGAUAUAUGAGCCCAGUGGAGGCUCAGGAAUUCGGGAUAAUCGACAAGGUCCUCGUUCACCCUCCACACAACGGGGAGGAUGAGCCACAGCUCGUUCACAAGGAGGAAGCUACCGCACCGGGCACUCCCGAGCCCUGAGCUGCAAGCUCCAUCUGACGCGCCUUCUCCCAACUUCUCUGCCGCAUGUAGAUCAACACUUUGUAUUAAACAUUUUUCGACAAAGAAGCCUCUCAAAUGUUGCCUCUCCAAGAGAUGUGAACACAGAAUCUAGGCCUGUACAUCCCACACAGCACUGAGGAAAACCAACACUGUUGGAGAUAGGGUCUUUCAUUAAGCCAACGCUCCAUCUGCUCGCCCUUCGAGGAAAAGGGUCCAAGAGCCCCAAGGUAAUGUUUAGCUCUAUGUUGCAGCUCCCCCCCCCCCCCAACCCCA